AUAAGAAAUUGCUCUGAAGUGUUUCCGCACAGCGCCGCCGUCCCAGAAGAAGUGUUUCUGUUUCUGAAGCUCUUCUCUUCUGAACUCCCAGCAUUCCCACGGUUCAUGGACGCUCUUACGGGAUCCUCGAAGAGGAGGUCGGCAGAGGACCCGCCUGGAGACACUCUUCUUCCGCAGAAACGGCACCAGAGAGAUAACGAUUCGCCGCUCGCCCUUGGCGAAGAGCUUCUGGCCUGCUUGCACGACGUGUCGCACCCGGAGGGCUAUGUUGCUCCUCCUCCUCGCUCUCCCUCCUCUUCUGCGCCGCCGCCGCCUGCCAAAGUCUUCGAAUUCACCCUCGACCCUUUCCAGUCCGAAGCCAUCAAGUGCCUCGAAAGCGGCGAGUCCGUCAUGGUGUCGGCCCAUACUUCAGCUGGGAAAACUGUUGUGGCAUUGUAUGCUAUUGCUAUGUCAUUGCAAAAUAAGCAACGGGUCAUAUACACUUCUCCAAUCAAAGCGCUCAGCAACCAAAAAUAUAGGGAGUUCAAAGAAGAGUUUUCAGAUGUUGGCUUGAUGACCGGUGAUGUGACUAUUGAGCCCAAUGCUUCUUGCUUGGUGAUGACUACAGAAAUAUGGCGUAGUAUGCAGUACAAAGGAUCAGAGAUUACACGGGAGGUCGCUUGGAUUAUUUUUGAUGAGGUGCAUUACAUGCGUGACCGGGAAAGAGGUGUAGUGUGGGAAGAGAGCAUUGUUAUGGCACCAAAAAACUCUAGAUUCGUAUUCCUCUCAGCAACCGUGCCUAAUGCAAAGGAAUUUGCUGAUUGGGUUGCAAAGGUUCACCAGCAACCCUGUCACAUUGUUUAUACUGAUUAUAGGCCAACACCACUUCAGCAUUAUAUUUUCCCUUCGGGAGGUGAUGGUCUAUACUUGGUAGUGGAUGAAAAAGGAAAAUUUCGCGAGGAUAGUUUUCAGAAAGCUUUAAAUGCACUUGUUCCUGCUAGUGAGGGUGACAAGAAAAAGGAGAAUGGGAAGUGGCAAAAGGGUUUGCCUUUGGGCAGAGUUGGUGAAGAUAGCGACAUCUUCAAGAUGGUAAAAAUGAUCAUUCAGCGUCAAUAUGAUCCUGUCAUACUUUUCAGCUUUAGCAAAAGGGAAUGUGAAUUUCUUGCGAUGCAGAUGGCAAAAUUGGAUCUGAAUGGGGAUGAUGAGAAAGCAAACAUAGAAACUAUCUUCUGGAGUGCUAUGGAUAUUCUUUCAGAUGAUGAUAAGAAGUUACCUCAGGUUUCAAAUAUUUUACCUCUCUUGAAACGUGGAGUAGGCGUGCAUCAUUCUGGCUUGCUUCCCAUUUUGAAGGAAGUUAUUGAGAUACUAUUUCAAGAAGGACUAAUUAAGUGUUUGUUUGCCACAGAGACCUUCAGCAUAGGCUUGAAUAUGCCUGCGAAAACUGUGGUAUUUUCAAAUGUCCGUAAAUUUGAUGGGGAUAAGUUCAGAUGGAUAUCGAGUGGAGAGUAUAUACAGAUGAGUGGGCGUGCUGGUCGUCGAGGUAUUGAUAAACGUGGAAUAUGCAUCCUUAUGGUAGAUGAGAAACUGGAACCUUCUACUGCUAAAAUGAUGCUUAAAGGAAAUGCUGAUUGUUUGAACAGUGCCUUCCAUUUAAGUUACAACAUGAUUUUGAAUCAAAUGCGCUGUGAAGAUGGCGAUCCUGAGAAUUUGCUCCGUAAUUCAUUCUAUCAGUUCCAAGCCGACCGUGCCAUUCCUAGUUUUGAGAAACAAAUAAAGGAUCUUGAAGAAGAGAGGGGUUCAAUUAUAAUUGAAGAAGAAGAUAGUUUGAAGAAUUAUUAUGAUCUGCUACAGCAGUACAAGAGCUUGAAGAAGGAUGUUCGUGAUAUUGUAUUUUCUCCAAAGUACUGCUUACCUUUCCUUCAGGCUGGAAGGCUUGUGUGUAUUCAAUGCACUCGGACAGAAGAAGUUUCCCCAUCUUUCUCUAUCGAGGACCAGGUCACAUGGGGAGUGAUAGUAAAUUUUCAAAGAGUGAAAAGUGUAUCUGAAGAUGAUUCAAGUAGAAAGCCUGAAGACGCAGACUACACAGUGGAUGUUCUUACAAGGUGCAUAGUGGGCAAGGAUGGAAUUGCCAAGAAAACCAUUAAGAUUGUUCAAUUGAAAGAGCCUGGAGAACCUCUUGUUGUUUCUAUCCCCAUCUCUCAGAUCAUUAAUUUAAGUAGUAAUCGGAUGGUCAUACCAAAGGAUCUUUUGCCUUUGGAAAUUCGAGAAAACACAUUGAAGAAGGUUUCUGAAGGACUUUCUAGAUUUCCUGAAAAAGGGUCACACCUUCUAAAUCCAGAAGAAGAUUUCAAGAUCCAAAGUAACUCAUACAAAAAAGCAGCUCGUAGAAUAGAGGCUCUAGAGAGCCUUUUUGACAAGCAUGAAGUUGCUAAAUCUCCCCUUAUUGAGCAAAAGCUCAAAGCUUUUCAUAUGAAGCAACAAUUGACAGCCAAGAUCAAGUUGCUUAAGAAGACAAUACGAUCUUCCACUACGUUGGCUUUUAAAGAUGAAUUCAAGGCAAGAAAAAGGGUUCUUCGGAGGCUAGGAUAUGUCACAAAUGAUGAUGUUGUGGAGCUGAAGGGGAGAGUUGCUUGUGAAAUCAGUAGUGCAGAUGAGUUGACCCUAACAGAGCUAAUGUUCAAUGGGGUUUUAAAGGAGAUAACGGUGGAACAGAUGGUUUCUCUCCUUUCUUGUUUUGUCUGGCAGGAGAAACUUCAAAAUGCUACGAAGCCUAGGGAAGAACUUGACUUGCUCUUUGCACAACUACAAGAUACAGCUCGAAAGGUCGCCAAAGUUCAGCUUGAGUGCAAGGUCCAAAUUGAUGUUGAGAACUUUGUGAAUUCAUUCCGGCCUGAUAUCAUGGAAGCUGUGUAUGCUUGGGCAAAAGGAUCGAAAUUCUAUGAGAUAAUGGAAAUCACACAAGUUUUUGAGGGCAGCUUGAUCAGGGCAAUUCGUAGACUGGAGGAAGUUCUUCAGCAGCUCAUACAAGCAGCCCAAUCUAUUGGGGAAACAGAGCUUGAGUCAAAAUUUGAAGAGGCUGUUUCCAAGAUCAAGCGAGAUAUUGUGUUUGCAGCGUCUCUGUACUUGUAGUAGUUUUUUACCUGGAGAACAAAUUUAUGUAUUAUUUUUAUUUUAUGGUGCUGCCUGAGAAGGAUGUUAGAAGUAUAGGGAGAUCUCUCUGUAGCGAGAGAGAAGCGAAGGCGGCUAUUAGUGGCAAUUUUGGAUGAACUUUUAAAAAAAGCCAUAUUUCUUUUUCUUUCUACUUUUUAUUUUUUUUUCUUUGUAUUUUUUCUAGGAAAUAGUAGGCUGCUCCAAAGGAAGAUGUAAUAUAUACAAAAUGUAAUUUAUAAGAAAAUGCUAGUGGUUUUUGGAUCU